AUGGCGACACAUUUCGUCGCAGCUGCGAAAAAGACAUUUCGCGAGCUGCACGGUGUAGUCGUGUCGUCCGGUCUGAUGCAGAAGACGGUCAAGGUCCGUGUCGGCGGCCAAAUAUGGAACAAGCGGGUUCAAAAGUUCUUCAACCGACCCGAAACAUACCUGGUCCAUGACCCCAACGACAGUCUCCGCACCGGCGAUGCGGUCGCCAUCUCGCCCGGCUGGCGCAUGUCAAAGAAUAAGCGCCAUGUAGUCAAGCGCAUUAUUGCGCCAGCACACGUCCCGAUUGACGAGCGCCCACCGGUGCCGUCUGAGGAGCAGCGGUGGGAAGAAGCAAUAGCAAAGCGCGCGGCAAAGAACGAGCGGCGAUCUCUUAUCAAGGCUGCCGAAGAGGCACGAAAGCUGGAAGAAAUCACUUCUCGGCGGACGCUGCGCAAGCUAGCAAAGAAGAAAGCGAAGGCCGAGGCCGCCGAGCAAGCAGAAACAGUUAAACAGGCAGAAGCCGAGAUGCGGGGAGACACAUCCUUAUAA